UUCUGUGAGAACAUGGGGACUAAAGAAUUGUGAGUGUGUGGUGAGGGAGGGAGGGGACACCCCAGAGUCUCAUCACAUUAGUGAUCAUAGAACUGUAUGGUAAUGAAGAAGAAAGAUAAUGUGUCUUUAUCUUCAACUCUCAAGGAGACCAAAGAAGCCUGGGGAGCCUCAGGGGCAGAAAGUCCCUCCUUGAACAACUUUGAUGUAUCCUUGACAUCCAUCUACAGCUUCACUGAUGACCUAGGCUACCAAGGGAGCCAGGACUUGACCAGCGAAGAAGAUCCCAAACUUGCUCAGUCCAAGAGGCCAAAGCGGAACAAGGCUGCCAUUGUCCGGAUGAGGAGAAACAAGGUGAAGGAGGAAGAUGAGGAGGAUGAGGACGACGAGGCAGAGGAGUCCUCUGCUUCUCUGCGAUCUCCUAGGAUGAGACGGAAGCAAUACCCAUACUCAAGAACCUGCCAACUGAGGCAAAAGGAGCACUUGAACACCUUGGAAAGUAGCUCGAGCAUACUCACUCUCAAGACCCAGUCGUCCCGCUGGAGUUUGGCCGAGUUGCGUCAAUACUUGUGUAGCUGCUGCCGCAGGAGGAAGAAGUCGGUGGAGGAAAAGAAGGCUUUGGACCCCGAAAAAAGGAGGGACCCAAAGGAGAAUGGCCCAGUCCCGGGCUCUGUUAGUGAGCAACGGGUGCAAGGGGCUCCUGGGGGCACGCCUGGGGAAGAUUUGGGCAGAAGCCAGGAGAACAGAGAGUGUAAUCUCUCAGCUUGUAAAUAAAGCAAACUUUAUU